UGUGGUCUAACUAUGAGUUUCUCUCUUCAUCUCUCUGCUGUACUCUGGACCCUGUCCGUCACGACAGCCCAUUGGUGCUACCAGGCCCAGUACUCGUGCAAUCAGACUUGUAGAGCUCCAGGCGAUUGGUUCACUAUAUUCCCAAAAUGUGGAGGGAACCGUCAGUCUCCCAUCAACAUCGUCACUAACAAGGUCCAGCAUGACCCCAACCUAACAGCCCUCAGCUUCUUGGGAUACCAUGAUGCCCACAACAUCACUGUUGAGAAUGUGGGUCACUCAGCCCACUUCAGUCUGCCCCCCUCCCUGCGGAUCAGGGGGGGCAAUUUGAUGGACACCUACAAGGCGGUCCAGUUCCACUUGCACUGGGGGUACGAUGCCAGCCCUGGGUCUGAGCACACUCUGGAUGGAGAGAGACUGCCCAUGGAGCUGCAUGUUGUCCACAUUAAAGAGAGGUACAACUCUCUGGAGGAAGCAGAAAAUGACACGUCUGGCAUAGCCCUGCUCGCCUUCUUCUUCCAGGAAUCUUCUGAGGACAACGUUCACUUCAGUGUUCUGGUUGACGCUCUCGGAAGAGUCCGCAAUGUGGGGGACAGCUACACGAUCAGAGGGCUCCGAUUUGGAGAAAUCAUCCCUGGGCCUCACGAGCUGCAUGGUUACUAUCGCUAUGCCGGAUCCAUGACCACGCCCGGCUGUGACCAGGCCGUCGUUUGGACCAUAUUCCAGACGACCAUACCUGUCAGUCGAAGACAGCUAGCGUCUGUCAGCCGUCAGCUGGUGUUCCAUUCAGGAAAGCCCAUGUCGGAGAUCUUCAGACCCGUGCAGAGAUUAAACGGACGCACCGUUUACUGGUCGGCAGCCAGCUCAGUUCUACCCAGCCGGGCUGCUGUGUGGCUGUGUGCACUGGGGGUGCUGGGAAGACACUGGCACACCCGCUAAGGCCACAGAGUAACUGAAGAACAGCACCA